GUCUUCAGACGAGCUGUAUCCUCUCAUGUACUCGCUCAGGCUCGCUACCAGCGGCAGCACAGCACUCGGCUUCACGCUCGGCCGGUUCGGCGGGAAGACACGCGGCGGCGCCGCAGCAGGAGGACUAGCGGCACCCGCAGCCGCGGCGCACGCAGGGAGGAGGAGCGUCUCCGCGACGUCGAACGCCGCCGCGCCGGUGCCGGGCGACCAGGGCGUCGGCAUGGACCCGAGCAAGCAGCAGCAGCAGCACAAGCCCCACGCGCCGGCGGGGGAGCAGCAGGGCGACGACGUGCACAAGACCACUACUGCUCACGGGGACGUGAUGACCCACUCGUUCGGCGAGGGGUACUCGACGAGGUCCGACGAGGAGGGGUUCGGAGGGGUCUACGGCCAGAACGACCCGGUGCUCAACCCUGGGACCGAAGUGCACCCCGACCAUCCUGAGUAUGACAAGUCGCAGGGAUCGGAGGUGAAGGAGAAGGAGAAGGCGCGCCAUCUCAAGGACGACAAGCACGCGACCUGAGAUUGAUAAAAUGGCUAGAUCGCUAGGUGGAGAUCAACAAUUUGGAUCGUAGUAGAUGUUCAGUGUUUAGUUUGCUUUGUUUGGUUGCCAUGCCAUGAGGUGUCCGGCUGCUUCUGUUCCUACUGCUAGCCUGCUGCUGAAGUUCGCUGUGAUGUAAAAUUACUAGUAAGCUUCUUUUCUUCUUGAAGAAGCUUAGAUGUGCGUGAUGAUUUUUUUUCUCGUGCCCUUUAUGAUGAUUUUUUUUCCUUGUGCCCUUCAUGCUUGUGUACGAGGAGAAAUUCGCUACAAUAAAUGUUUUACCAAGGA